AUGCAAACAACCGUAAACGGGUAUUGUAAAGUAUCAACCGUCCGUUAAAGAUGUCGAUCACUAUUACUACUGCCGUCGACCUGUCUCUCCGGCAUCAUAUUGGCUGUCAAUCUCCCGCCAAAUUUCGCCGGAAAGUUGAGUUUAGCUGUGCCUGUAGCACCGUUAAGUCCGCCGUUUGUUCCGCGCUAUCCUCAUCCACCGCCGUUAGUGAUUCAAAUGAGGAGGAGGAUGAUGUAAGCACUUCAUAUGGCAGGAGAAUGUUGGUUUCUAUGUUCACAUUUCUUUUGCCUCUACCUAAAUCAAUACUACAACAUUCUGGUGCUAACUCUAAUGCUAAUGCCGCGGAUGAUGUAACCUUAUUACAGGAAGAGAUAAGAAAAGUAUUGACUAAGGGCAAGGCUGCUGGUGUUCUUCGCUUGGUUUUUCAUGAUGCAGGAACGUACGAUAUGGAUGACAAUUCCGGUGGUAUGAAUGGCUCUAUAUCUUAUGAACUUGAUAGACCUGAAAAUAAAGGUCUUAAAAAAUCUUUCAAGAUUGUCGCAGAAGCCAAAAAGAUAGUGGAGGAGAAACAGCCAGUAUCGAUGUCAGAUAUGAUUGCUGUGGCUGGAGCUGAAGCUGUCUCGUUUUGUGGAGGUCCAGUGAUACCCAUUGAAUUGGGCAGAUUAGACUCCAUGAUGCCUGAUCCCGAGGGGAAACUUCCAGAAGAAACAUUAGACGCCUUUGGGCUCAAACAGAGUUUUCAAAAGAAAGGUUUUUCAACACAAGAACUUGUAGCAUUAUCGGGUGCUCAUACACUUGGAAGCAAGGGUUUUGGAAAUCCAGUUACCUUUGAUAAUGCAUACUAUAAAGUACUGUUGGAAAAGCCUUGGUUAUCUUCAGGUAUGACAUCUAUGGUUGGUCUUCCUUCAGACCGUACUCUUGUUGAGGAUGAUGAAUGCAUAAGGUGGAUCUCAAAGUAUGCUGAAGAUCAAGAAUUGUUUUUUGAAGAUUUCAAGAACGCCUAUAUCAAACUUGUUAAUACUGGUGCAAAAUGGAGAAGGGACUCAUAGUUCCAACUUCCACAUUGCGACUUUAAACUUAAUAUACGCAGAUUGCAUUCAUAUAAGCAAGUAAGUAUAGUAUCCAAGAGUUCCAUUUUUGUUCAGACAUUACAUUACCUGCAUACGAUAACAAUUUAGAUUUGUGAUAUAUUAACGAAAAGUGCAGCAUCUCCUUUAUUUUCUCA